AAUCACGCCCAAACAUAGCGUCAUGAUCGACUUGCAAGGGAGCUAGCGUUACCCUGAGACCGCACGUCCCGCUCUGCUGUGUGCAAUACCCUGCAUCCCCAAUAUUGUAUCCAUUGCACUCAACCUCACCAUGAGCAACCUACUCCUGAAGGUGCCUCUUCUCAUCACGGCGAGUGGCUGCUUCCAGCUCUCAAUAACUCCUCCGACGCCUGUCCCCUCAGAGCAAGAGCUAGUUGCCCCCGCGUCCUUUGGAGAAAAGGUCCUCAACAGCGGGAGGGGUUUCGGGCCCGUUGUCCCCAAGAUUCUGUCUUGGGCGGUCAGCGUCGCGGAGAUCCUCACCAUCCUGGCGCUCACCGACAAGCUCCCGGCGUCCACACCGCCCGUCAUCCUGCAAUACCUCGCACCCAACCGGCCCAUCGACUCAGUGGGCUUGGGUAUUACACCCACCUUCCUCGCCGGGUGGCUCCUCACCGUCGCCGGCGGCGCUGUCCGCUACUGGUGCUACCGGACGCUGGGCCGGAUGUUCACGUACCAGCUGAGCAUCCGGAAGGACCACCGGCUGGUCACGAGCGGGCCGUACGCGUUCGUCCGGCACCCGAGCUACACGGGGCUCCUGCUCGUUGCCGCGGGCAUAAACUUGCUUCUGUUCAGCCGUGGGUCGUGGGUGCGGGAGAGCGGGGUGCUGGGGACGCCCGCGGGGAAGGCGUGGCUGGUGAAUUGGGUGGGGGUCAAUACGGCGUGGCCGAUGGUCAUUGGAAGGGCGCCGAGGGAGGAUGAGAUGAUGAAGAGGCAGUUUGGGAAGGAGUGGGAGGAAUGGGCGGCGAGGGUACCGUAUAAGCUUAUUCCCUGGGUUUAUUAAUGAGGUUAUGGUCUUGUACCAUAGUCAAUCAUAGCCAGGCGACAGAGCCGAUGCCUUCAGUAAUAUAUGGCAAUCUAUGCGCGUCCUCUCGACACGCG